CAUCACCACCAUCAACCCUAAUUCGCCUUUAUAAAACCUCUCCCUCUCCUACUCUUCUCCUUUCCUCUCUAACACCUGUAUGUAUCCAGCUAAGCUAUGCCUCGCCAUAAACCCUAAAACAUAUAAAACCCUGCACUAGCCACAAAGCCAUCCCCACCUCGACCACACAUUACUCUCCACAAUGGCUUUGUUUUUGUUGUACGAGACAUCAUCGGGAUACAGUCUUUUCCUCGCUAAUGGUCUUGAUGAAAUUGGACAAAACACCGAGGCUGUUAGGAACUCGGUUUCGGAUCUUAACCGGUUUGGUAAGGUAGUGCAGCUCACUGCUUUUCACCCGUUCGAGUCUGCUUUAGAUGCUCUCAAUCAGUGUAACUCUGUUUCUGAAGGGAUCAUGACUGAUGAUCUGAGGAACUUUUUGGAGCUUAACCUUCCAAAAGUGAAGGAGGGAAAGAAGGCAAAGUUUAGUCUGGGAGUUGCUGAGCCCAAGAUUGGGUCACAUAUCUUUGAGGUGACUAAAAUUCCUUGCCAAAGUAAUGAGUUCGUAAAUGAGCUUCUUCGUGGUGUAAGGUUACAUUUUGAAAGGUUCAUCAAGGAUUUAAAGCCUGGUGACUUGGAGAAAGCCCAACUUGGUCUGGGACACAGUUACAGCAGAGCAAAAGUGAAGUUCAAUGUCAACCGAGUUGACAAUAUGGUUAUUCAAGCAAUCUUCCUUCUUGAUACUCUUGAUAAGGAUGUCAAUUCAUUCGCAAUGAGAGUCAGAGAAUGGUAUUCUUGGCAUUUCCCUGAAUUAGUGAAGAUUGUUAAUGACAACUAUAUCUAUGCCAAACUUGCAAAGUUCAUUGAUGACAAGUCCAAGUUGUCUGAAGACAAACUCCCAGAACUAACCGACAUACUUGGAGAUGAAGAUAAAGCAAAGGAGGUUGUAGAAGCUGCCAAAGCAUCAAUGGGUCAAGAUUUGUCUCCCAUUGACUUGAUUAAUGUCCAGCAAUUUGCUCAGAGGGUGAUGGACCUCUCUGAGUACAGGAAGAAGCUCCAUGAGUAUCUAGUUACUAAAAUGAAUGAUAUUGCACCUAAUUUGGCUUCUUUGAUUGGUGAAAUUGUUGGUGCUCGUCUGAUUUCUCAUGCUGGUAGUCUCACAAAUCUGGCCAAGUGCCCUUCUUCCACCCUUCAGAUCCUUGGUGCAGAAAAGGCACUAUUCAGGGCACUGAAAACCCGAGGAAACACACCAAAAUAUGGUUUGAUUUUCCAUUCAUCUUUUAUUGGUCGAGCAUCUGCUCGCAACAAGGGACGCAUGGCUCGCUAUCUUGCAAAUAAAUGUUCUAUAGCAUCUCGCAUUGAUUGUUUUUCUGAGAGUGGUACAACUGUUUUUGGGGAGAAACUAAGAGAACAAGUUGAAGAGAGAUUGGAUUUCUAUGACAAGGGUGUUGCACCGCGUAAAAACAUUGAUGUGAUGAAAGCUGCAAUUGGAAGUGCUGAAAAUAAAGAUACUGCUAUGGAAGUUGAAGAGGCACCUGCUGUUGCUUCAGCAAAGAAAAGCAAGAAAAAGAAAUCAAAAUCUGACACUGCAGAGAAUGGUGAGGCUGAGGACAAACCAACGGUAAAUGGAGGUGCUGCAGGGGAUGCCAAAUCAGAGAAGAAAAGGAAAAAGGAGAAGAGAAAAUUGGAUCAGGAGCAGGCUGUCGAGAAGUCAAAUGGUACUGACAGGGUUGAUGCCGAUGAGCAGGAUGGUACUGCCAAGAAGCAGAAAAAGAAGAAGAGUAAAGACGAGGAGCUGCAAGAUGCUAGUGGCAUGAAAAAGAAAAAAAAGAAGUCAAAAGGUGAAUAGUAGUGAGCUUGCUGACAGUUUAUGAUAAGUUGCAGUUGUCUGGAAGUGGCCCAUUUUUCAGUGAUCUCUCCUCAAAUUGUGUUGAGAUCAAGUCUUGAAUUUCAAGAAAUAUGGAAUUAUAGCCCUAGUUUUGGUUGUGUUUACUAAUCCGGAUCAUAUUGGUUUUUAGUCCUUUGAAGAUUGUAUUGUUGUUGUAGGAUGAUGAUAUCCAUGACCAGCCACUGUGUUGCGGCCUUGGAGAUAUAUUUCAAUAGUAUUGAGCUGAGAGGGCUUAUCAACUCCAUGCUUACCUUGAAGUUUUUACCAUAGGUGAAACAAUGUUGAGAAUUGAAUUUUUGGUG